AUGACUACCGUGAGUGAUUUUCCUGCUUAUGCGAUGUUAUCUAGCUGGAGCACAAAAGGAUACUUGGCGUGCCCUGAGUGUCAUUAUGAAUUAGAUUCUGAGUGGUUGCCUUAUAGUGCUAAGAAUGUGUAUAGGGAAAAUCGUAAAUUUCUACCUCCAUUUCACCCUUGGCGUCGUGAUAAGAGGAAUUUUGAUGGGAAAGUUGAGGAAAGACAUCAACCAACUCCAUUGAAUGGAAUUGAUGUAGCUAAUCUGUUGCGUGAUUUUCCAAAUGAAUUUGGAAAUAAGCAAAAGAAACCAAGGCGUGAUGUUGAUGAUCCGAAUUCGUGGAAAAAGAGGGUCAUUUUCUUCGAGUUACCAUAUUGGAAGCAUUGUCUUAAUCGUCACAACCUCGAUGUAAUGCAUAUUGAGAAAAAUGUGUUUGAUAGUGUCAUCGGGACAUUGUUAGACAUUUCUCAAAAGACCAAGGAUCAUGUGAGUGCUCGUCGAGAUUUGGUAGAGCUUAAUUUGAUGCCGGAGCUUCAACCAAGAGAAUUGGAAGAUGGUGGCGAAGAAUUUCCAAGAUCCCGCUUUUGGAUGUCAUUGGAGCAAAAACGCUACAAAAGCCACGAUGCACAUUUUAUGAUGAAUAAUUUGCUCCCAAUUGCAGUGAAGACAACAUUAUCCAAAGAUGUUGCUACUCCUUUGAUUAGACUUUGUGGUUUUUUUAAAAGUACAUGGAGUAAAACUGUUGAUCCUCAACAUCUUGAAAAAUUGCAAUAUGAGAUAGUUGAAACAUUAUGCCUACUUGAGAGGAUUUUUCCACCUGCCUUUUUUGAUAUAAUGGUACAUCUACCUCUACACUUGGUGGGCCAAAUUAAGUUGGGUGGACCUGUAAGUUCAAGGUGUAUGUAUGGGAUUGAGAGGUAUCUUCAUGGACUGAAGCAAGAUGUUCGAAAUAAAGCUCGUCCAGAAGGCUCAAUGGCAGAAGGAUAUCUAGCCAAAGAAUGUGUUGCCUUUGUAGCUAGAUUUUUGAAUGGAUCAAACUCGGCCACACCUCAAGUUAAUGCCUGUAGUACAUCACAAUCAUUUCUUCCUAAGGUAGGACGUCCAAUAAAAGGGAAAGGAAGGACAUCAAAGAAAAAAGACCGUGAACACAUACUUGAUUACAAUCAAUGGGUACAAGCGCAUCGUUAUGUCUUGUUCAAUUGUGACUGCGAGGAAGUUGAGAAAUAUAUAAGUGAGCACAAGGAAUUUGUAAGCGCUAGAGGAAAAAGAAAAUGGGAUAGCGUUCAAGAUCACAGCAAGGAUUUUGUGGAUUGGUUUAGGGAGAAAGUUGAUUUCAUUGUUGAAGAGGGUCAAGAGAUCAUCCUUAACAAUAUCAUAUGGUUAUCAAAAGGGCCUUCUUACAUUGCUAAAAAGUAUACAGGGUACUCAGUCAAUGGUUAUAGGUUCCAUACCAUGAAGCGCGAUGCUAAUUGUGUAACUCAAAAUAGUGGAGUCACUCUAACGGCCAUGACACAUAGCUUUGCGAGUUCCAAAGAUCAAAAUCCUGUUGAGGCUAAUGUUAAUUAUUAUGGUUCAAUAACAGACAUCAUUUCAGUAUCUUACCAUGGCUAUUUCCGUGUCGUCUUAUUUAAGUGUGUGUGGUUUCACUCUGAAAAAGACGAUGAUGAGCUUGUAAUGAUUAAUAUGUCUAAGACAAUUUCUAAAGAAGAACCAUUUAUCUUGGCAUCUCAAGCACAUCAAGUGUUUUAUGUUGAAGAUCUUAAUAGAGAUGGUUGGCAUUAUGCUGUUCAAAUCCCUCCUAGAGAGCUUUCUAAUGGUUUUUUCCCUAACAAUUUAUAUUACAUUAUAUUGCACUGCUUUUCAUAUUAUAUUAUAUUAUAUUGCAUUGUUUUUCAUAUUAUUAUCUUUUAUGGUUUGUAA